AUGUUCAGCAGCAGCAGAGAAUACACCUUUUACGGAAACAGUGCCCCUGAAAAUGCUGGGAAAACUCACGUUAAGACUAUUGAGGACUCAUUGAAAGAGCUGGAAAGGUUUUUUGGCGCUGAAACACGGUCAAAAUGUGCUACUGCAAAUUCAAUUUCGUUAGAAACAGGCAGUGCGUCUAGCAUGCAAACACACGGUAGCACAGCAGAUAGCGACAACUUAAGCGUAAGCUCAGCAACAAGCAUUAUUGCGCAGAGAAAUGUUGCAACAACUACUACCGUUCGUGAUCAAAAUCAAACGUGUCUGUCACAGAAUUUACAAAUCACAGUACCUAGCGAAUCCAGGUUUUUCGUCAUCAAGUCAAACAGUCCCGAGCACAUUGCAACCUCAAUCCAGAACGGAGUUUGGGCGUCUACGGAACUGGGGAAUCGUCGAUUAUCACAGGCAUUCCGUGACCGUGGUGCUGGAAGCCAAAUAUUUUUACUCUAUUCUGUGAAUGGGUCUGGCUGUUUCUGCGGGCUAGCUGAAAUGGUAGGUGACCUACGCGAUGCACACCAAGAUUUUUGGACGGACAAGACUCGCUUCAAACGCAUUUUCUCAGUCCAAUGGAUAAUUACGCAAGAUAUUCCAAACAACAAAGUCAGACAUUUGCGGAAUCCCUUGAACGGAAUGAAAUCUGUCACUCAGUCGAGAGAUACUCAAGAAAUUCCCCUGAUAAUAGGACGGUCUAUGGUCAAGAUAUUCGAGAACCACAUCAACUCUGGCAAUGGCCUGCCAUUUUCGACAAAAACGACAUACUACUAA